AGCGGACGACCUGGGAUAAAUAUCCAGAGAAUCUCUGAAACAGGUGCUGCAUGCGGACAGCAUGGACGACCAGAAGGAGUCACUGAGGAAGAUUAUCACUACACUGGCUCUGAAAAAUGAGGAAAUUCAAAAUUUCAUUUGCUCUCUAAAGCAGAGUCUGGAGAACCUAGAGGCGAAUUCAAACCGAGUGCAGGAAGACCUGGAGUCAGAGUUUAGUUCGCUGCAUUCGGUCCUGGAUGACCUGAAAGAGGGAAUGGUUACACGGAUCAAGCAAGAAAGAGCCAGUCGCACAUAUGAGCUACAGAGCCAGUUGGGCGCCUGCACCAAAGCCCUGGAGAGCUCAGAAGAACUGCUGGAAUUUGCCAAUCAGACGCUCUGCUCAUCAGAGAAUGACAGCUUCACUCAGGCGGCCAAAGACAUAAAGGAUAGUGUGACUAUGGCUCCAGCGUUUCGUCUGUCCCUGAAAGCAAAGGCCAGUGACAGUAUGAAUCACAUGAUGGUGGACUUCACUCACGAAAGAAACCUGCUUCAGUCCAUCACGUUUCUUCCAGUGCCAGCCACUCCCGAAAUUCAUGUUGCCGAUUGCCAGGUGUUUGAUAACACAGUGACAGUGGUGUGGACCUUACCGGAACCCGACUCCAAAAUCGACCACUACAUCCUGGAGCAUCGGAAAACCAAUCAUGAGGGUCCACCGCGGGCUCGUGAGGACUAUCCCUGGAUGGUGGUGGAGGGAAUUAAAGAAACUGAGUACACACUCACAGGCGUUCGUUUUGACACGCGCUACAUGACCUUUAGAGUGAAGGCAUGUAAUAAAGCAGUGGCGGGUGAAUUCUCAGAGCCGGUUACUCUAGAAACACAUGCAUUCGUCUUUAAGCUGGACGCAAGUUCGUCCCAUCAGAACCUGAAGGUAGAGGACCUCAGUGUAGAAUGGGACAGCAGUGGUGGGAAGGUUGCUGUUCAGGACAUCCGUAAGGAGAAGAACAGGACCAACUCUCCUAUGCAUUCUCCUGCCAGGACAGCCAUGAUGUCUCCUAAAAGAGCGCCGUCUGCUAGAGUGGGCCGAGAUCGCUUCACAGCAGAGUCCUACACCGUCCUGGGAGACACCAUGAUCGACGCGGGCCAGCAUUAUUGGGAGGUGCGCUUUGAUAAGGAGAGCAAGGCGUUUGCAGCAGGAGUGGCCUUGAGGUCUCUGGGUCGUUUUGAUCAGCUCGGGAAGAGCAACGCGUCCUGGUGCAUCCAUCUGAACAACUGGCUUCAGCAGAGCCUCACAGCCAAGCACAAUAAUAAAGCCAGAACACUGGACUGCUCCAUUCCUGACCGCAUCGGCAUCUACUGCAACUAUGAAGAGGGCACAUUGUCUUUCUACAACUCCAGAAAUAAAACUCUCCUUCAUACCUUUAGAACCAAGUUCCAGCAGCCUGUUAUACCAGCCUUUAUGGUGUGGAAUGGGAGUUUCUCGGUGCAGACGGGCCUUCAGGUGCCCAGUAUCGUGUUGAGCGGCCAGAAAAGAAACAGUAACACAAGCAGUUCUAAUGCCAGCCUUACCUAACUCACAUUCUCCAGAACUGCUGCACAUGUGUGGAGAACACCUGGCUAACUUGGACACAACAAGCCUGGAGGCUCAUCAUUCAUCAGUAUAAGGGAGAAGCUGCCUCGCUAUAGCCUUCCUCAUUCCUUUUAGCUCACUGAUCUGGAUCCUGUGCCUUUCAGUGUCCUGAAUGAAGACGUGACACGGGGUUUACUCCAUUUCAACAUGCAACCAGCUUAAAUAGCCUGAGGGCCAAAAGUAUUGUACACGUUUUAGCAUUUGUUCAUUCACGAGCCACAUUUUCAACACUUAUUUUAACGCAACAGCAGCAGCAUGUUGGGGUUUUAAAUCUCCAAUGAAAGCGUAUUAUAUUUACACACUGAAUGUCUUUAAUGAUAUGCCUCCAGUAUCUGCGACGUUUUUAAACUAGUAUCAAGGUAGCACAAUUAUUCGCAAGCUAAAUCAUAGAGAUCAAAUGCCUUUUAUAGAAUGUAUUCAUUCAGCAGUUCCAGCAUCUGAGGAGGAAGGCGGUGUAACUAAUCAUUUGGUCAAGCACGGUCAAUGAUGUGUGUGUGUGUGU